CUUUACAUUAAUGUCUAAAAUUUUCAAAAGAAAAUACUAAAGACUUCAGGAUGCCACUUGUGAUGAGCAAAGACGAGUGGUCUCGCAUCGUGAGCUGGACGGACUCCAACCGCGAAAACCCGGAGACGGUGCGGCGGCGGGAGUACAUCCGUUACCUGCACGAGACCAGCCAGGCUAUGACCAAAGCCUGGCCUAAUUCCCUGGAGAAUGUGAACAAACGCAACGAGGAGCUACGCCGUGCGCGCGUAGCGGCGGCAGAGCAGGCCAAUACGGACUUCUACAAGCAGUACGUACGCCGGCGUCGCGACGAGCAGCGGCGGCUCAUGGCCGGCGCCAGGGACAUCAUCUUCAAGAACAAGGACGCGCCCAAGAUGUUAUUGAGGGCAGUUAUAGAGUCGGUGACGCAGAAGGAGCGCGAGGAGCAGUUGAAGUUCCUGGGGGAGCUGCGGCGGCAGGCGGCGCAGCGCAAGCGCGACGACGACGCGGCGAUCACGCGCAACGCGGACGAGUGGAACCGACUCAUGGCUACCAGGAAGCAGCGCCGGUUUGAAGUCAACAAGAAAUACCAGCGGGAAAUUUUGGACCAAGCGGCGGAGGUGGCGGAGCGCAGGCGGCGCGAGCACGAGACGGAGCUGCGCCAGCAGCAGCAGGACAACAUCAAAGCGAACGAAGAGAUGGACGCCAUCAAACAGUUCGAGGACGAUUUUAAAGAGCGGGAGAAAGCGCGCAUCUUCCGCGACAUGGAGCAGGCGCGGCGCGAGGUGGAGGCGCGGCGCGGCGAGUGCGCGGCGCGGGACCGGCUGGACGACCGCCUCAUACGAGUGCUGCAGAACACGCGCGCCACAGUCGACCGCCGCCGCAAGCAGACCGAGAAGGGAAUCCAGGAGGAGAAGCAGCGCGUGCUGCACGCCAUCAGCCUGCAGCUGGCGACCGGAGACGCGGCGCGCGAGCGGCACGAGCGAGAGAUCCUCGAGAAGGCCAUCAAGGAGCAGCAGCUCAAAGAAGAGGCGCGGCACGAGAUGGAGGUGCAGAAGCGGCGGCGCAUGCGGGCGGAGCGCGAGCAGCUGCACCUGCAGCAGCUGCGCGAGGAGCGGGAGCGCCUGCACCGCCUGCACACCACGCGCUCCUGGGAAAUGCUCAACAGAUUUAAGAACGUAGAGCUGUACGAGGAGUACGUGGCCAAGCUGCGCGAGGAGAAGCACCGCAAGACCCAGGAGCACCGCGCGGACCUGUUGCGGCUCUGGAAAGAGCGCGAGGAGCGCGACGCGGCGGAGGUGGCGGCGCGGCGCGAGUUCUACGGCGCGCGCGCGGAGCGGCUGCUGCGGGAGGAGGAGCGCCGUCUGCUGCAGCACGCCGCCGCCCUCGUGCAGGAGGCGCGCCAGCACCACCGCCCCGAACACCCGCUGCACCGCGCUGUCGACGUACGUUCUGCAGCAUCAAUAACAUCCCAUCCCAUCCCAUCUCAUUGUUGGACUAGUUUACGGUAG